UCGACUCAUUCACACAGACCGGAGUGAACACUUGUUUCAAUCUAGGAUUGUAGUGUCGUAGGCAUAGACUAGCUGGUAUCAGACAUGGACCUUGAUGAUAAUGUUAGAAGCAUUUUAACAUGCUUGCAAACUUUCCUAUCCGAAACAAACCUUUCCUGCAGUGUGUCACUUACUGUGGACCCUUCAGCCAUAUGCACCAUCAAUGCAUCACAGCUCCACACCCAUUUGAAGAAACUUGUGUCUUCGCUGCAGGCAUUGGUCCAUGACCAGAUGACUGAGGAUGAAGACGAAACCACCCCAUGCCCAAUGGGGUCUACAGCAUCUCAGAUCAAGGAUGAGGAUCAGAAACCAACCAUACCAUCAGACCCAUCAGUUGUUCAGAUCAGUGCAUCAAAUGCAGAGAUUGAGAGACGAAUCCGUGCCUUCAUGGAGAAGAAGCAACUGGAAGUGGAUGACAUCAACAGGAGAGAGUUCUACACGGUCCCUGCAUCCUCCAGACAUCACCAGCAUCAUCACCAUAGCUGUGCCCGCACAGAUGCAGUCUUCAGACCAAGGAGUGGCUGCAAGAGCCAUGUUAAAGUCUCCAGGGUUGUGAAUGUGCACGGGCCACAGACCAGACCAACCAUGGUUUCCUAUCGUCCACUGUCAUCAGGACGCUCGCCGGUCUCCAAGGCCAGACGGUGUUUGUCUCGUCUGAGCUCUCAACAAGGCAUAGAGGAAAGACUGCACAAUAUGGAAUCUCAUCUCAAGAUGAGGACAGGUGAGAUUCCUCGGUCAGAUGUGUACCAGAGGCUAAAAGAACUGGAGAGUAGAAUACUACACCUGGAGGGUUUGUCACCAGAGUACUUUGAUGCAGCUACACAAUCUAUGCUGAAGCGUCAGCGAACCGAGAGUCACAGCUCAGAUUCAUCAGACAUAGGUAUCCAUGAGAUAGACAGCCGCAUCAAACAGCUACAAGACUCUCUACGAAGAAAGAGUUCUCAGACCGGCCACCUGCAGGGUACCAGUGGAGCAGUGCUGCAGAGAACAUAAAGACUUUGUUGGCUGCUCGCGAUUGUCAAGAAUUUACAAUGGCUUUACUUAUUUAGGGAUGGAUUUUUCUAAACAGGGGGAGUUUGGCCUAGUGGUUAGGGUUCGUGACUCAUCAUUAUCAGAGGGUCGGGGGUUCG